AUGGUCUCGUUCACUUCUUGGUUUCUGCCCCUGGCAGUCUCGUAUCUCGCCAGUUCUGCCAUCGCGGCUCCUGUCAACGAGAAUAACAAGCACGUUCCAUCUCAAGAGGACUUUGCGAAUGCCAUCAACCCAACCACUGCCUUCCCUGAGCCCAACUGGGCGGGCGUCUCUGCCCACGACCCCAACAUCGUCGAGCACAAUGGCUUCUUCUACAUGUUCAAGGGCGGCGUCCACGUCCCCAUCCACAAAGCAACCAACAUGAACGGUCCCUGGAAGGACAUCGGCGCCGUCCUCGACAAGGACAGCGUCAUCAACAAGGCGAACAAGUCUCGUCCCUGGGCCCCCACCACCAUCUACUACAACCCCACCAAGAAGUUCUACUGCUUCUACGCCAUCAGCCAGGGUGGAAGCCGUAACAGUGCCAUCGGUGUUGCUUCCUCCGACAGCAUUGAAGGUACCUGGACCGACCACGGUGCCCUCGUCCAGACCGGUCAGAACCAGCCCGAGGUCGUUCCUUACACCGAGACCAACGCCAUCGACCCGGCCUUCAUCAUCGACCACAAGACCGGCCAGCCUCACCUGCUCUACGGUAGCUACUGGUCCACCAUCUGGUCGUUGCCCUUGGAGCACGACCUCCUCUCCGUCAAGAACUACAAGAACCCCGACGCCUCUCACCUUGCGUUCGUCCCCGAGGCAAAGUCCAAGCCCGAGGAGGGCGCGUACAUGACAUUCCACGACGGAUACUACUACCUCUGGUUCAGCCACGGCAAGUGCUGCAACUUUGAGAAGGGCUUCCCUGCGCAGGGCCAAGAAUACAACAUCCGCGUCGGACGAUCCAAGAACAUCAACGGCCCCUUCGUAGACAAGAGCGGCACGGAACUUCUCAAGGGCGGUGGUACUAUCGUCUACCAGUCCAACCACGGCAACACCUACGCCCCUGGUGGUCUGGGUGUCAUCGAGAGCGCCAGCACCGAGGGCGACAAGGACGUCCUCUACUUCCACUACCUGAACAAGACCAUGGGCUAUGGCUUCACCAAGGCACAGUUGGGAUGGACCUACCUCGAGUACGACAACGGCUGGCCUGUCGCAAAGGCCGACGACAAGCCUGCCUACGCAAAGGGCGCAAAGAAGGACUAG